CAAAUAUUUCUAUUAUAGUCUACCGGGUGGGUACCUACCCAUUUCGAUUUUUGUGAGUUUGUUCCAUAGAGUUGAAUUCUUUAUAAAAAGAAGUCCUUUAGAGAUAUUUCAAUUGGAUCCAACUAUUAACAAAUAAUGCCUCACUUAAGAAUAGAAACGAAUGUACCGAAAAACAAAAUUCCAGAUGAUUUCGUGUUUAAAGCAAUUCCAUUGCUAGCGAAGUCACUGGGAAAACCAGAAAAUUACUGUGUGGUUUCUGUUAUCCCAGAUUUACCAAUGACCUUUGGUGGAACUACUGAUCCUUGUGCAAUUGCAAAUAUUAUGUCAAUAGGAGCUCUUGGAGUGGAACAAAAUAAGAAACAUGCCAAAGUUCUUUUUGAAUUGGUUGAGAAGGAACUAGGUGUAGCUCAGGAUAAAAUGUAUAUAACUUUUCAAGAUGAACCAACAGGAAAUGUGGGAUUCAAGGGAACUACCUUCCAUUCUAUCUUUGGUUAAAGAAGUAUGAUUUCUUUUAACAUUAGCUCACCAUAAUCUCAGUCUGAAUAUCUGGAAAUGUUAUUGUAAGCCUAAGUCAUAUAUCUAUUGUAAAUUUGGAUAAAAUGAAAUAUAAAUAUUAUAGUCCAA